GUUCCGUCAUUCCGUGAUGUCUAGUUAUUUUGAUUUAAAAUGCGGUCAGGAUGUAGGUCGUGCAUUGUUUCGAAAUUUUGUGACCAAUCAGAAUAAAGAAUCAUAUUCACUGCGGAGAUUGAAUCAUGACAAUCAGAAAUGUAAAACGCAAGAACUGAAGAUGUAAACACGGCGAAUUCCUACAUGAAAUAUACAAGUCUGAAGAAACACAAACAGAAAUAUGGACUACCCCUUUUGUAAUGGCAUUGGGUUGCCAAUAGAAAGUUUGCUGAAAGAUUCUGCUGACCAUACCUCUAUAGACAAUUUUGUACUAUCAAAUGGAGUUGUAUUGGAACUUAAACAUUUUUUAGAAAAAAAUGGAAAAGGCAUUUGGGAAUUAGCUCAAUUAAUAUCUAAUUUGUUUCCUGCUUUUGCAUUGACUAAUCCAAAAUCUAUUCAGUCAAAAAUUCAUCGAUUAUGUGAACUAAAGAAGAAGUUGAAUAGUAAAAAAAAAAGUUCCAGGUUAUAAGAACAUUUCUGAUAUUUUAUCAAUAUCCUUUGAACCACCCGUGAAGCAAGUUUCAACUUUUUCCAUCACUGUAAAUGGACAUGAGCAUGAACAGGAAGAAUCGCCAGCAAAUUCUUCUACGUUAGAACCUGAACUCACAUGUUACACUGGUGUACAAACAGAAACUUUUGAUUCUGAUGAUGAAACAGUUAAGUCAAAAAACCUGUUACAAUAUUAUUCUAUGAAACUUAAGAAAAAGAAUGAACGCCUUCAAAGGGAAAUAAGCGUAAAACAGGAAAAAUUAAAAACACAACAGGACACAAUAGGAUACUUUUCCAUCAGGAAUAUAAAUAAAAAAGAAGAAAAGGCAAGACAAACUGCAAAGUUGUUAAGGGCAUCAAAAAAUGUUAUCAAAAAACAGAAAAGACUCUUGCAUAAAGCUGAAAGUGAAUUAUUAGAAUUAGGGACAAUAAAAACUGAUAAUGAACAAUUGAAAGAAAGUGUAAACAAGCUGUCAAAAACACAAGACUUAUUGGUAUAUUCACAAAAGAUGAAAUUGAAAGUACAAAAAAAAGUAAGCUCUUUGAAAAUUCAAAUGAAUAGAAUGAAAGUAAAAUCUGAAGAGGUGAAAGGUGAAAUUGAAUCGUUGAAAAUUGUUUUGAAAGAAAAGGACCAUCAAAUUGAAAAUUUAUUAUCAGAUAUAAGCAUUAUGAAAGAAACGGCAAAUUUCACUAUUGUCACUAGAAAUAUAGAUGCCAGCUUCACUGAUUGUGUCAGACUGUGCGUGAUGGAGUUAUCUGGAUUGGAAGUUGCUGUUGGAAAGGUCUCCCCUGUUAUUCAAACAGUAUGCAAACAUUUAUUUGACAUUGGUUUAGAUACAUCUCAGUUGCCUAGUUCAACAACAGUGCAGUCAAUUGUUGACGAAGGGCACUAUAUUGCCAAAACAUUUAUAUUUGAAAAACUAGACCAAUCUUAAA